AGCCAUGGCGCAGGAGGCUCUCCGGGGGAAGAGGAGACAGUUCAUCCGUUCAGUGGGCUCAGGUACCAUCAACGGCUUGCUGGAUGAGCUCUUAGAUAGAAGAGUGCUGAACCAGGAGGAGAUGGAGAAAAUAAGAGAUGAAAAUUCUACCGUCAUGGAUAAAGCACGAGCUUUGAUGGACAAUGUCAUUCGGAAGGGGCCCCAGGCUUGCCAGAUUUGCAUUGAUUUUAUUUGUGAAGAGGACUCCCACCUGGCAGGGACACUGGGGAUCUCCUCAGGUCUACAAUCUGGAAAUUCUCAAACUACACAAGAACACCAAGUACUGGUUUCUACCUUCGCAGAUCUGCGGACAGUGCAGGACAACGCAGCUCCAAUUUUACCUUCAGGGACAGCAGAGGGCCUCAAGCUGUGUCCCUUACAGAAAGCCCAAAGUAUAAAGAAAGAAAAGGAAACACAGAUAUAUCCGAUAAUGGAAAAGUCAGGCCGCACACGCCUUGCCCUCAUCAUCUGCAAUACAGAGUUUGACAGUCUUUCCAAAAGAAAUGGAGCUGACACUGAUAUCAGAAACAUGAAGACACUGCUGGGAAGUCUGGGGUACAGCGUGGCUGUGUUAGAAAAUCUGACUGCUUCGGACAUGAAGAGAGAGUUGGUGGCAUUUGCUGCCCGCCCCGAGCACCGGACCUCAGACAGCACUUUUCUGGUGUUCAUGUCCCAUGGUGUUCGUGAAGGCAUUUGUGGGACAAAAUACUCUCAAGAAAACCCAGAUAUAUUAGAUGUCCACACGAUCUUUCAAACCUUAAAUGCCGUGCACUGUCCAAAUUUGACGGAUAAACCCAAGGUGAUCAUUAUCCAGGCCUGCCGUGGUGAGGGACAAGGAAUGACCUGGGUAAAAGAUUCAGCAGAAGUUUCUGACAACAUUUCUCCUGUAAGACCUGAAGAGUUUGAGGAUGAUGCUAUUAAGAAAGCCCAUAUAGAGAAGGAUUUCAUUGCUUUCUGCUCUUCCACACCAGAUAAUGUUUCCUGGAGACAUCCUGCACUUGGCUCUCUCUUUAUUAUGAAACUCAUAGAAAAAUUUCAAGAAUAUGCCUGGUGUGAUGACCUGGAGGAAAUAUUCCGAAAGGUUCGGUUUUCCUUUGAGAUGCCAGAAGGCAGGGCACAGAUGCCCACCGCUGAAAGAGUGACUUUGACAAGACUUUUCUACCUCUUUCCAGGACUCUAAGAUGCCAGGAGUCUGUUAUGCUGCACCUGCUCUUGGAAACAUGUCUGCAGGUGACAUUACUUCAAACAUUCCAG